AUGAGAUACUUAUUGCAGCUGAAGGAAGCUAGCCACAAGGAAGGAGAACUCUUAGAUCCAGAUCCCAAGACUCUAUUAUCACCCCUUUCUGGUCUCUUCUAUCAAUUAAUCAUGGGAGUGACUUUCAUUACGAGCAAAGAAGCAAGGGGAGCGGAAAGAAGCUUCACCGAUUCUGACUCUAAUCUCAGGCUUCAUUGGCAAGUAGCGCCCAAUCGAGCGAGAGAAGAUAGGGAUUUCUCCCAGCACUUGAAGACCAAGAGAAGAGGAUGCCGGUCCCAAGGCAAUGAAAGGGAUGGGGCAGUAACCAACCCCAAAGGGGAAAAGAGGAUACGAGUGAACCCGCUUGCCCGAGUCCGAGUUGACGAGGUGAAAGAGUUCAGACUAGGACAGUUUAGGCCGGUGGAAGCCAAUGAAAGGGAGAAUCGUUCAACCACUAGAGCAGAAGCUGAGUAUAAGAUUGCCCUUCUCUUCUAUGAUUCGACCGUGAAAGAAGCCCACUUCACCAUCUCUCUUGGGAUGGGAAGGAUCAAAUGA